AUGGCUGGCAUUGCAACCUCUAUCUACAACACCUUCAUCAGGCGAAAUGGCAUGAUGUUGAGCACUAUCUUCGUCGGCGCAUUCGGCUUCGAAAUGGCCUUCGACACCAUCUCCACCAAGGUCUGGGAUUCCAUAAACAGCGGCCGACAAUGGAAGGACAUCAAGCACCGAUAUAUCAACAAGGAAGAAGAGUGA